AUGUAUUGUACUUCAGCUGAGAUUUUUUUAAAUAAAAAUUUUGCGAGACGAUGUGAUCGAUUAGAAAAAGCAUUGUCCCAAAUGAGAAGAAACAUGAAUUUGAUUCGAGAAAGCAAGCUUGAGAACUCACCCACUGCAAGCAAGACCGAGAAUUGGUUGAUUUUCGAGUUUGGUCACUGGUGUUCUGGUAAAUCCCAAAGAGAACACCAAUAUAACAGCAAGAUGUUUUUAGUUCUAAUGAUUUUGGCGCAUAUUUUUAUUCUCAUAUUCUCUUCUACAACUUGUUGCAGAAAAAGCGACGAGGAGGAAUCUGCUACGGAAGUUGUAGAAGAAAGCGAGGAACCACCAAGUAGUGGUAGUGCUUCGCUCGAAGGCGCGGCAGAUGGCGAAUUGUCAGCAGAGAAUGUCAAAGCCCCACCGCUGGAGAUGUCUGCUGACAACCCGGAAGUGCGCUUUGUGCAGCAGUUUCAAGGAGAGCCUACGGAAGAAUUUGUGAAAAACGUAACAGGAGUAGCCAACUCGGCAUCCGUAUACAUAUGGGGUGCAAAAAAACGAGCUGCUGCAUUAACGGCGGCGUGGAAAGACCUCGCCAAGCGAAUCACAAUCCUUCAAACAGAGGGGUUCGAUGUACUCGCGGGAUCGGAUGAAGCAAAAGAACUAAGGAAGAUAGAAUCACAACGGCACCUCAGACCCUCGCUUUUAGAUAAAAUUGAACCUAAGAAGGAGAAGAAGAAAAAGAAAAAAAAGAAAAGAAAACACAGAAGAGACGAGUAA